AUGUCUCCUGAUGCUUUUCGGAGAGAUGUCGCAAACUAUGGUGAUUGUGUCAUAAUCGAUUUAGGGAAAUACAAGAAUUUGACCGUAAUACUUAAAAGAGGUGAUGUUUCCCAGACGCGUUUCGGAGCCAUGAAGCAUGAUGAUUGUGUUGGGAGAAAGUUUGGAUCUAAGAUACAAACAUCUCGUGGCUUUGUACAUAUACUACCUCUAAGUCCAGUAUUGUGGUCCGAAACACUACUCCAUCGAACACAAAUAAUAUAUCCGUGUGAUGCAAGUCUAAUUAUUGGUGGAUUAGACUUAAGUCCUGGCAAGUGGGUGUUUGAAGCUGGCACAGGAAGUGGAUCAUUAACGCAUUUUCUAGCUCAAGCUACUUUGCCUCACGGUCGUGUCUAUACUUUCGAUUUUCACACUGAACGUGUCGACCUGGCAAAUAAAGAAUUUAAUUCGCAUUCCUUGGGGGAUGUCGUAAAAGUCUCCUUCCGUGAUGUCUGUAGUGAAUAUUUUCCGAAUUUUGGCAGUGAAAUGAAUCCGAAUGGUGUAGAUGCCGUUAUUCUGGACUUGCCUAGACCCUGGUUAGUUAUUCCUCACCUCACAUCUACAUUUCGUCCUGAAUCAGGGGGUCGUGUAUGUUUGUUCUCGCCUUGCAUUGAACAGGUCCAGCGUUCUUGUGCAGCUUUGCUUGAAACAGGUUUUGUACACUUAACCACUAUGGAGUGCUUAGAAAGAGAAUACGAUGUUUCACGAACAACACUCAAUAUUCCAAAUAUGGGUCAGUUAGGCGCCUCUGUUUGCCUUAAGGAUGGUUUCAAGGAAUACGUGAACUCGUAUUCCAAGGGCGCUGUACAUCUCCUUCCGCCUCCGAAAAUCUUCGAGGGGAUAAAUGAUAACUGUAAACGCAGUCAUUCAGACGCAGAUCGAAAUGGAUCGAGUAGUCAAACAAAUGCUUCUAAUAAACUACACGAAAACGUGCAAAUUACAACUAAUACGAAGAAUCAGUUUACGUGGGAGCCUAUUUUGCAACCCAAAACGGCUGGUCAUACAGGCUAUUUGACUUUUGCAACAUGGAUGCCUAAUAUUCAACAAAAUGUUGCAACCGUACAGUGUACACAAUCUACUAGAUCUCCGGACUAA